AUGACAUCCCAAACCCCCGAGAAAACAUUCAGCAGCGGCGUUGCUGUGAUAACAGGAGCCGGAGGUGGUUUGGGUUCCAGUCUGGCUCGGCAUAUUGCCUCAUUCGGAAUGGCCGUCAUCAUCGCCGACAUCGACCUCGAACGCGCCGAAGAAGUGGCUUCUGACAUUAGGGCCGCCAAUGGGAAAGCAGAAGCAAGAAGUGUCGACCUAUCGCGACCUGAUGAGCUGGAUGCACUAGCUACAUACGUUCACACUCAAUAUGGAGAUGUUACGCUGCUCAUCAACAACGCCGCGAUCGAGACCUUGGGCUCACUAUGGGAACUAUCUUCCGCCCGGUGGGAGACUACACUGAAUGUCAACAUCCACGGCCCUAUUCAUGGUGUUCGGGCCUUUCUACCCCACAUAAUGGCAUCCGGGAAGGAAUGCUGGAUCGCUAAUGUUUCGAGCGUCGGGGCGUUUACCACUAUCCCAGGCCAAUCAGCAUAUGCCAUCACGAAGCACGCCGUGCAAGCCUUCACCGAGUCACUACAUGUAGAAUUGAGGUCUCAAAAGACGCCCAUACAUGUCAGCUCUGUCAUUCCAGGUCUGCUGAAUACUGGUAUCUUCGACCGUGCUCAGAGAAAUACGUCAACGGUUGAUCCCGCUUGGGAGAGACAUCGAAAGCUAAUGGCUGAGAUGGCGCGGGAGAAGGGAAUGGGAAUUGAAGAAGCGAGUCGUAUCAUUGUGGAACAGAUUGCAGAGGGGAAGCUCUGGGUGUGUACCCAUCCAGCUGUCAUGACUGAGAUUUUGCAACAGAGGAUUCAGUACUAUGAGGGCCAGGGAGAGCCUAAUAUUCCGCCAGCAUAG